AUUACGUUCAAUAUUAUUCUAAUCUGACAACUGCCAACAGUGUAGGAAAUCCCGUUUGGGAAGUUGAAUACACCGCUUCGACCACCUACAACAUGAAAGGAUUGAGUAUAAGUGAUUGGUUGGUUACCCUGAACAGUUUUGCCGAAACGAAUUCUACAACCUGGAAAUUGUAUAAGUUUUAUCUUUUUGCCA